UCUCCGGGGCAAAGCGCUGCCGCGCCGUUCGGUCCCGAGUCCUUGGCGGGGCGGCGAGUUGGCCGGGACCCAGCGGGGCGGGAGCGAGGCGCCGCCGCCGAAAGAAGAAUCCAGAAGAAUGUCGGCACUGAACUGGAAGCCAUUUGUUUAUGGAGGCUUAGCUUCAAUCACUGCAGAAUGUGGUACUUUCCCAAUUGAUCUGACCAAAACACGUCUCCAGGUUCAAGGUCAAACUAAUGAUGCCAAAUUUAAAGAGAUUCGUUACAGAGGAAUGGUGCAUGCACUAGUGAGGAUAUGGAGAGAAGAAGGGUUGAAAGCACUAUAUUCUGGGAUUGCCCCUGCAAUGUUACGCCAGGCUUCAUAUGGAACAAUAAAAAUAGGCACCUACCAAAGCUUGAAGAGAAUGUUUGUUGAGCAACCAGAAGAUGAAACCCUGGUGAUAAAUGUAUUAUGUGGCAUUCUUUCGGGGGUGAUUUCAUCAUCUAUUGCCAACCCUACAGAUGUUUUGAAGAUCAGAAUGCAGGCCCAAGGCAGUGUGAUUCAAGGAGGAAUGAUGGGCAAUUUCAUACAAAUUUACCAAAAAGAAGGCACUAGAGGACUAUGGAAAGGGGUGUCCCUAACAGCUCAGAGAGCUGCUAUUGUUGUGGGAGUGGAGCUGCCGGUCUAUGAUCUCACCAAGAAGCACAUAAUUAUGUCUGGACUCAUGGGAGACACUGUGUAUACUCACUUUCUCUCAAGCUUCACCUGUGGAUUAGCUGGAGCACUUGCAUCAAAUCCAGUUGAUGUUGUGAGGACACGGAUGAUGAAUCAGAGAUUUCAAGAUGGAACACAUUCAGGGUACAAGGGUACUUUGGAUUGCUUGUUACAAACAUGGAGGUAUGAAGGCUUUUUUGCUUUAUAUAAAGGAUUCUGGCCAAACUGGUUGAGACUCGGUCCUUGGAAUAUUAUCUUCUUUUUGACAUAUGAACAGCUGAAGAAAUUGGAUUUCUGAAAGAUGCUAGAUUGUGUAAUAAAUCAGUAAACUGUGCUGACAUGGUAUUUGAACUCAAGGCAUCUUUUUAAAAAUGCUCUUCAGUGUUUUCUCAUCGGAGCAUAGGACUUGCUGGCAAAAUGCAGUAAGAGCAUCAGAAGAACAUUGUAAAUCAAGACUAUACAUAAAAUGAUCUCAGAACUGAGGAUGCUUAACUGAUAUGCCAAAUGCUAUGCACCAAUUAUUGAAAUAGAACCUAAAGUUGGCAAUACUCCUCUAUCAACUGUUUAAAUGCUGUUAGACAUAAUGUAUGGUACAACUCCAAAGGUUUUUCUGCUGAAAUGUUGUACUUCUGGAUGAAAUUUUAAUAGGAAAAGAGCUACAUCUGUUUGUCCAGAGGUAAGUAGGUUAUGGAAGAGCCUCACUCUUUCGUCCAUGCUCAUGAAACUUGAUAUAUUAAUGUGGUCAUAAAUAGUUCUGAAAUUUUCGAUGCCUUGGAGUUCAAGAGCAGACACGGAAAAUUUUAUUCCUAGUGACUCCAGGUCUUUGUAAAAGUAUUUGUUAAAUGAACUUCUGGAUUCAGAGCACAUUUCUGUUGCCUUCUAUCAUUUAAAUGUAUAUGUAACUUGCGCUGGGAGCAAUGAAGCUUCAGUUUAACGUAACUUGUUACUGUCACCAUUUUGCAUGUUUGAGAAAAGUCUGGCAUUUUUUAAAAUACCUUAUUCUUGGUCUUCAAUAGAAGGGAUUCUAACAUGUUUCAUCAAGAAAUUAAUAUCUAUAGACUUUUAAAAAUGUAGUAAAAAUAGAGCAUUCACUCUCCUAUCUGCCUCCUGUGCAAGAGGGAAUUAAUUUUUCAAUACUUGUUUGAUUCUUAUGAAGAGGAUCUGCUUUAAGCAGUUAGUGGCUGUCACACAUCACCUGAAAGAUGCAUGCUACACAUUGAGGCUGUUGAACCACUGAAAGCUCAAUAAAUGCAGAUGUUUACAUACAGAGAGCAUACAUCCAAAAGAGGCAAUCUAAUGUAUUGCUACCUUGCUAAACAAGAAUUCUAGGAGAAUUGUGCUCAUCAAUGUUGAUACUUUCAUUUAGCAAAAUGAGUUCAGUUGAAGUUACUUUAAUAGAACUUCUUUUAAGAGCAG